AUGUCUCCUGACAUUGAGAAGUAUUGUGAAACUUGCAGGACUUGCAAGCACAGUAAAGAUAAUAAUCACAAACCAUAUGGCCUGCUCAACCCGUUAGACAUUCCUGGGCAACCCUGGGACUCGAUCGGUAUUGAUUUUGUAGGACCGCUUCCGGAAUCAUCCAAUCGCGAUGGAAGUUUCGACUCGAUCACUGUCAUCAUUGAUCUAUUUUCUGGAUUAGUUCAUCUCGUACCCUCGAGGACGACUUACACUGCAAAGGACAUUGCUGAAUUAAUAUUCUCAGAGGUCUACAAACACCAUGGACUGCCAAGAUCUAUUGUAAGCGACCGUGACACGUUGUUCACUAGUCAUUUCUGGGAAGAGUUGCACAAAUUGAUCGGAACGAAGCUCAACAUGUCGAGCGCCUAUCAUCCAGAGUCGGACGGCGCUACUGAGCGUGCGAACAAAACCGUCACCCAGAUGAUUCGCCAUUGUAUCGGGCAAACUCAGAAGGACUGGGUGCAGAAAUUACCUGCUAUUGAAUUUGCCAUCAAUUCGGCUCGCUCGGAGAGUACGGGCUUCGCACCAUUUUUCCUUAACAUGGGAAGAAUGCCACGUUCGUUCAUUUGGGACUCAAACAAGCCAUCCGAAUUCCCCGGUGUAGAGCAAAGCGCAUGA